CCGCGCAUCGAUGGGCUGACAUCACGCGCGCGACGAGCCCGUCACCACCAGUUUGUGGUGGGGGUUGCGGAGGCGGCGGCUGCGAUGCGCCGGCACUAGCGGCGGAUGGCGGCCAGCGGCGCGCCCGCGCGGACGCCGCGCCGCGGGCCCGCGCCCAUCGCCUCCUUCGACCACGACAACUCUGACGAGUCAAGUCCAGAAUCAAAGCAAGCAAUUCGGCUGCCCGAAAUUAGGGAGGACCCGUCGUGCUCGUCUGCCUCCAUCGCCGCUGGGGAUUCCCUGGCGCCUCCCGAACAGCGAGCACGGUCACACUCCACGCCGGCGGCGAGCGGCCUGCAGACGCCAGCCGCACCACGUAUCGAGUUCUCCCGCGCCUCCAGCUCGAGCCAUCAAGACUCGCGUGAUAGUUCACCUGAGCUCGCGCUAUUCGCUGGUACUACAAGUACGGGCGAAGACGCCCGCUCGCGAUUGGAACUCGGAUUUAGAGAAGACGGGGCUCUCGACCUUCGAUCGUCAACGGAAGAGCUAGCUUUUCUGGAACCUGCACCAGGAGAACCUCGAUCCGCGCCCCCACCUCCAUCUGCCGAGCGCCGCCACUCACGCAAGGAUAGCCAGGGCUCGGAGGCGGCUCUUCUGGCCGUCUCCGGCCGCACUAGUCGGCUUUCUAGUAUCGGCUCACAGUGUUCUGCUCACUCAGCAUUAUCAGGGUUCAGUCACGCCAGCCACGUGUCUCGUCUAUCCGUCGUGUCAGGAGUCUCUCGAUCUCCAUCGCCUCAUAGGAUGCUACUCGAGACCUCGUUUUGUGGACCAAAACCAAUCGAAACCGAUCCAGAAAUAUGUGCCGCAGCAGUCGAGGAGAGUUUGUUGGAAAUGGCCAAGUUGAGUUCUGCAACAGUGACGACGCCAGUUAUUCCUGUGACGGCGCCUGUCGACGCGCGCGACAGGCGAGAAGUUCGUACGGAAGUUACUGUGGAAAGAGCGAGUUCACGGACGCCCAGCAUCAACGUACGUCAGCCCAGCCAGCCAGUAGUGCCCAGCGUCCCCACAGCACCAACAGUCACUGUAACCAUUACUACUUCAUCGUCACCGAUUGCACAAUCGAUAACCACCGUAGCCAGUCCACCAUUAGAAGUCAUAGAUGGAGAUAAGCGUGAAAAGGAAUCAAAAAAUCGAGCGAAAGUGGAACGUCGCGCCAGAUCGCGAGACAGACGCGAGUCUCGGGAUCCCGAAGUUAAACGUAGCGCCAACCGCUCAAAAGACAUAAUUCGUAUUAGAUUAAAACCAGAUUCAGAGUAUGAGGACGAUGACGAUGAAGACGAGAGCGAACGAACACUCGUAGGAGGUGACCAACUUCGGAAACCCGCGUCACUAGCUCUGGGUAGCGCCGCGAGACCAUCGGAUGCGGCUAGAACCUCAAUCACUAGUGCGAAAAGUGCUCCAAAUGCGACGAGUCCAACACCUUCACGACAUCGCGGGACACGUGACAGUCGCACACCGUCGCCAGCUGGCCCAGUCGUCUCCAGAAAAUCCUCAUUUUGCUCAUUGUUUAAAUCACGUGAAACUAUCGCUUCACCAGAUUCUCCUUCUGAUGCUCUUCGCCGAAAGAAGAGUAUAACUGAUGGGCGGUCUCGUAGCAGAAGCCGCGAUCGCUCAGCCACUCCUACUUCAGCUGCCAAGAUUAGAGGGUCAGUCUUAUCUCUAUUCAAGACUCCACGAAAAAGUGCCACGUCACCGUCUCCGAGCUCUCGCGAUGGUUCGCCGGUAGUGCAACCACAACGGCAGAUCGUGCAGCCGGUUGUUGACAAACGACGAACUGAUAGACUAAAAUAUUACGAGGAUGCGAAAGAUGGCAUUAUACAUAUUCCAUUGCGCACGCCUCCUGACGAAUUAGAUGGAGCGGGCACGAGCGGCGUCGGCACGAGUGAAGUCAGCAACCACGCGGAGGUUGCAGGCGAAGUGACGCACCGAGAGGCGAGCCGGCCUUCGUCCGCGCCGGUCACAUCCACGCGUCCUGCCGCCCCGGCGACCACCGCACGACCCUCCACUACGGCCAGCACUGCAUGCCCGUCUUCGACAGCGGCCACUGCGCGCGUACCCUCAAAACCCGUUCAACGCACCGUUCUGCCCGAUGGGAGUAUCAUCAUUCCAUUACACUCUCCCACUGAGAAAAAAACUGAACAAUUUCCAGAAGUGGCAGUGGUAGAAAAGACGCUAGAGGACAAACACGAAACUAGUUGCGACAGUGUUCAAUCAACAUCGAAGAGUAUUGUCAGUCCUAGCACUAGUUGGCAGGAAUCGAAGCUUAUGACGAGCGAAGUGAAUACGGUCGCGCCAGUGGACACUGUUCCGGCGACGAAGGCUCAGUCCGAGCGGGCAAAGAGGAAGGAACGUAUAAUGUUUUCGACACACGUGGGCAGCCGAGACCAGGUGUUUAGCACGCAGUUCAGCAUUACUAAAACCCCGAGCGUCACCAGCGAAAUUUCAGAGUCGUUUCCAAGCUUUACCGAGCCGCAGGCCGAUGAAGUCCGGACGCCGACUCUCCGCGAUACCCACAUAACAUCGACGGAGCUCCCCACUCCGACUCCAGGGGAAGACAUCAAUGCAGGAAGCGUCGUCAGAGGGUCCAGUAUACCCAGUUUGCUGGACGCGGCGAGGGACUCCUCAGAGUCCGAGCCCAGUUCCGAGACCGCUCCUCCGAGAAGCGGCAACGAUGUUGAACAACGCGGACUUGUUGUGCAGGAGUCGUUCGAGGAGGAGCUGCCGUACGUGCCGACGACGCUGCCGCUGGAGCGCUCGCUGGCGCUGCCCAUGGUGCCGGUGCGCGAGCGCGGCGGCGUGCUGGUGGCGCCGCUGCGCCGCCCGCGCGCCGCCGCGCCGCGCCACUCGCUCGCUGGACCCGGCGUGCCCGGGCCGCCGCCGCUGCCGCAGCCGGGCGGGGCGGCGGGCGGCGCGGCGGGCGGGGCGGAGGGCGCGGGGAGCGCGGCCCGCAAGCUGCGCAUCAAGCUGCCGCGCGCGCGCACCGCCUCCGCGCCCGCGCGCGCGCGCGCCGCCAGCGACGGAUACGAGGGUCGAGCGAAGUCGGAGUGGAUCGACUUCGAAGAGGUCCCGGAGCGCCGCAAGCAGCCCACGCGGAUCCAGACGCUGCCCGCGCCCGCCGUUGGUCAGUCCGUCUGCCGGGGCUCCGGACUGGGCGAAUCAGGUUUUGCACGAAACGACGGCAACCUUUGCAGGGGAACCGAACCCAUUUUGGAUCAUGAUAAAUAA